AUGCUCAGAGUAGAAGCAAUGAGAUGGGCCUGCGAAGCUGGCGUCGAGAAGUGCACAUCCUAUGCUGAGAAAACAUAUCAACAAUGGCUCAAAAAUCCUGAGAUGAAAUUGGACGUUAAUCUGAAGACGGAAAUUCUUUGCGCUGGGGUCAGGAAGGCGAGCGAGAGCGAGUGGACUGAUACUCUGGAGUACAUAAUUACAUCUAAGCUCGAUGAGGACGAUAAAAAGGAUCUACUGAUGGCCCUAGCCUGUUCCAAUUCCUCUGAGAUUCUGAUGACAUACUUAAACUCAACUCUCGAGCCAAGCUACCCGAUUGAUUUCAAGACCGGCGUGAAAAACGUGGUGUCCAAAUAUCCGGCUGGUGCCGAACUUGUUUCGAAGUUCCUGUUCAAAGAAAACAAACGCAUCAGGCAAAUAGCGAAUUUCGAAUCCGUCAUAGAAGACGUCGCUUCAAUAAUUGGUGGUGCAGUUACGACUCAAGAGCAGCAUUUUGAACUGAAUGCAUUUUUCAUGGAAAGACAACUGAUGCAUCAGCUGAUACAUGCCACGGUAGAUGCGACAACAAACAUGAUAUGGAUUAUGAAGUACAGGUCAACUAUAGAUGAAUGGUUGGGCGCUAACAGUAAUUUAUUUGAGAACCCCGAUAACGGAG